CCCGGCUGCUCACUCUCACACCCAUCUUGGUUCAGCACUUGGACAGCUAUGACAAGAGUGCCAGUGUUUGCAUUCUAUUCUGGUCACUGCAAAAGAUCGGUCCACUCAUCAGCCCUCCAGCUCUAAUCUGUAGGUGCUGAUUUUAUUUUCAGCCGAGACUUCCUACAAGCAGAGAUCUCCAUACGUGGCUUGAUUGCCCGGAGGGAAUAAGAGCUAAACUUGUCUGCAAGUGAAAGCUAGAGCUCGAAGGAAAAGUGCAGCAAAGUCCAGCUCUCUCUCUGCCUUCCGUGAUGCACUGGCAGCCAGCGAAGGUCAAUUUAAUCGGCUUAAAAGCAAAAGAAAGACCACAAGAGACACUGGAGCUGACCCAAAAUGUCACUUAAUGCCAUCUCACUUUCAUAUCUGUCAUCUGAUGCUGGGCAAGCAAUUGCUCUCAUCUCCUGUGGACCAUCUAUCCUUAAUCAGGAAAUGGAGGUGAGAGAAACAAGUAUCUGGAGGAUGUUCCUAGAUUCAUCAUUAUGAAUGAAUGCAUGCAUGAGGCAAUGUACUAGCAGGAUGCUAAGGUGGAGAGGGAUGUGAAAUAACUAAGUGGGCUCUUGGUUAGUGACUGAAGGAGCUGGUGACUGCUCUUUUAAGUCUUCUUUGCAAAGUGUGCUUGCCCAGCUGGGUAGAUGCACAGUUACAACUUUUUUCCUUUGCUUUUCAUUGACAAACAGUGUCUCGGAGCAUUUUACUCUGCACCAUGAGUUACUUCCUGUCCUACUGCAAAGGCCAUUGUGGUGCUGUGCUGUCUCAGUACCAAACGCUCCGAGCGGAAGGCUUGCUGUGUGAUAUUUUAUUGAAGGUGAAAGAAAAUGAGUUUCCGGCUCACAAGUCAUUGCUGGCCUGUUCGAGUGAUUACUUCAGGGCUAUGUUCAAGAGUUAUACCAAAGAAUCCAAGGCUGCCAUCAUUCACCUGCAAGUCGUCUCAGCCACUGGUCUGCAACAUGUGCUGGAUUUCAUUUAUACCUCCUGGUUACCCUUGUCUUUUGACAGCUUGGAGGAUACCUUGGAAGCUGCCACCUACUUGCAAGUGACAGAGGCCAUUGGUUUGUGCAGCCAAUACUUGACUAACAAUCUUACCUUGGAGAGCUGCUGUUAUUCCACCAAUGUUGCCGCAAGAUUCUAUCUUCCAGAUGCUUUAUCAGCAACAGAAAAAUAUCUCAUUCUUCAUCUCUGGCAACUACUGGACUUGGAUUUUGCAGGACUGCUUGAACUGAACUUCCAAUCUUUGAAGGCAGUUGUGGAAUCCCCAGAUGUCCCCAUGGUGAAAGAAUCAAAUUUGCUAGAUCUGUUGCUGAAGUGGCUGAAGCAUGAUAAACAGACUAGGUUAACACACACUACUAGCCUAUUGGAACACAUAAGGUAUGGUCUUAUUCCAUUGGAAGACCUGAGAAAGGUCUACACUCAGUCUGAGGUGCCCCUAACAGCACCCAUAAAAUGCUUAAUCAUAAAAGCAAUAAAUUACCAUUCACUUAUCUUUAGGCAACCGAUCCUGCAGGAUAAGUACAGCACCUUGAGAAACCAGAAGACACAGAUUAUCCUGCUUGGAGGUAUGAUUGCACAUGGUGGACCCAUGAACGAUGUGGUAGCUUUUGAUGUUUAUAAUCACAAAUGGCAAACUUUAACACAGGUGCAGGACAAAGUACAAAAUCACUGUGUAUGUACAAUUGGAAACUUUCUGUAUGUGUUAGGUGGAGAAACAGAAGAUUUGCAAAAUGAUCCCAAAAGUCCCACUUUGAGAGUUACUAACAAUGUCCAUCGCUAUGAUCCCAGGUUCAACAAGUGGAUACAAACUACAGGGAUGCUAGAAAAGAGAUGUCGGUUUUCCUGCUGUGUCCUAGAAAAUACCAUUUUUGCUAUUGGUGGGCAAGGAGAGAAUGGAUCAUUGCAUUCAUCUGUUGAAGUUUACAACAUUAGCCAAGACAGGUGGGCAAAGGUUCAAGAUUUGCCAUGCAAAAUACAUGGACAUGCGGGUACUGUUUGCAAGAACAUCAUUUAUAUAUCAGGUGGAAAAUACACGAAUCAAAGUAACACAAGUAAGGAUUUGUAUUCUUUGAGUACACAGGAAGGGCAAUGGAGAAAACAAGCCCCAAUGAGCAUUGCUCGAUUUGGGCAUCAGAUGGCCACGAUCAGAGAGUCCAUCUUCACAUUUUUAGGGCUCUAUGAGCCAUUUUCUGAAAUUGAAAAAUAUGAUCCUGACCAGAAUCAGUGGACUCGUUUAAGGCCAUUGAUCUAUGAUAGAUUUAGUUAUGGUUUGGUGGUAGUGGAGGAAACGGCACUCCUCAUUGGUGGAAAGAAGUGGCAGGACUCCCAGGAGAUUCCAACUCAGGAUGUGGUGGGCUAUGAUAUAGACAAUGACUGUUGGGAAGAAAUCUGCAAAGCUUCCUUGCCUUGGUAUGGAUUGCAAUGUGCAGUGCUACAGCUUUCUGAACUAGGAGAAGCUAGGGACAUUCAACAACAAAAGAAACCAACUUUUGAGGGUACACCUCGCUGAAAAAUGUCUACAAAGAUACUUCCCUGGAAGGACUUGCCUAAAAGGACAGGGUACAAAUGUUUUAAACAAUCAUUCAGUAGAGUGUAAAAUCUACAGGAUUUCCAAAAGAUAAAAAUUUUAGUCCAGUUUUUAAUAUUGAAAGGUAAUGUUGUAAGACAACAAGGGGGUUGGAUGUUAUGAUCUUGAAAAGCAUGCUCAAAGCAAACUAGGUGAAGCUCAUGAAAGCAUUGCCAAUAAUAACCAUUAGCAAGCACAAAAAGAGUUCUUUUAUUUGCAAAGACAAUUGGACACGGCUGCCUGAUCAAAGCUACAUUCAAUGACUGUAUGAAGAACAAGAGGUGCAUAAACUGAUUCCAGGAAUUCCAUUUUUAAAAAUGGCUUGAUGCAGAAACUGAAGUGAUUUGGGAAAAUAACUCUUUAUUAGCUUCUGUUUUUCAACAUGCAAUUGGGUUUGUAUGUUUAAGGUGUAAAAUGUAUCCAAACAGGCAUAGGAAUUAGAUAAUGAUUAUGUUUAGUUACGCAGCCAAUUGGAUUAGGCAAUGUGAUGACAUGAAGCUAAAGCACAGUAAGGGCAGGGAGUGUUGCCUUCACUCUAACUAGACUUUCUGAUAUCACACAGACAAUGAGCAAUCCUCCCUGCCAGGGCAAGGAAGUCUAUUAAGAGUGAAGGCAACACUCCCUGCCCUACUCAGCUUUAGCUUCAGGUUACCUCAGAGUCUAAUUCAACUGGUUGACGAAACUGGUUGACAAAACAACAUAAUCUAUAUUAUUAAUUCCUGUAGAUGGACCAGGGGGAUGCAUGGUGAUGUGGCAAGCUCCAUCCCCACUGCAGUUGCGACCAAUGGUGGGUCCAGAGGGGGCGACAUGUGCAAGGGCAGGAGGGAGGAGCGUGCACCAGGAGGCAGUUGGUGAGACUCCACAGGGGUCGUGGUUGAGGGAGGUGAAUGGUUGACCGGCUGAGGGACGAAAGGCAGGGAGGAGAGGCGCCAUCAGAAGCUGCUGGGCUGCCUGACGGCUGACAAGCAUCGGACGAAAAUGGUGGCCCGGCUCUGUGCGGGGUCAGCAGGAGGUGGGGGGGAGGGCAGGAUAGAG